UGUGCUCAGCUCAGCUCAUGUCCCGCUCCUUUGUCCUUCCAUGUGUUUCUUUGCAGACUAACCUGUGGAAAUGUUAAGAGCUGUGAGAAAGAGACCAGCUCGCUCCACGUCUGUCCAUUUCUCCCUCCGUCUGUGUGUCUCCAUUCCAUCACUCCAUCUCUCCCUCACAAUCCAUCCAUCAGCAACAGUGGUGCGCUGUCAUCACCGCGUGUGCGUCCCUCCUUUCGUCUGUCUGUCAACACGCAAGACCCAUCGGGGGUGAAGAGAGGAGUGUGUUCUCAGAUCAACCACUUCCCAGAGGAUGCAGACUUUGACCAUGAUGGUGCAGAGUAUGUCCUACGGGUCGUCAGGGCUUCCAACAUCUUCCCGAUCCUCAGUGCCAUCCUGCUGCUGAUGGGAGGAGUGUGCAUCGCUGCUAGUCGUUUCUAUAAGAGCAAAAGAAACAUCAUCCUUGGGGCUGGAAUACUUUUCGUGGCUGCAGGUCUGAGUAACAUAAUUGGGGUGAUCGUGUACAUCUCUGCUGCUUUGGGAGACAUCUCCCCAAAGAAGGACGAGGAUAAGAAGUGGCAGUACUCGUACGGGUGGUCCUUCUACUUCGGAGGCCUGUCCUUUAUCAUGGCUGAGAUGGUCGGGGUGCUCGCCGUCAACAUUUACAUUGAGAAGAACAAGGAGCUGCGCUGCCGCUCACGCACCGACAUCUUCAAGAGCACCACACACGCCAUGCUCCGCCUGCCCAGCUACCGCUUCCGCCGCAGAUCCCGCUCCUCGUCCCGCUCCACUGACCCCUCCCGGUCACGGGACCCCUCGCCUGUGGGCGGAGGUGGGGGCAAGAACUUUGGCCUGCCCCCAUCUGCGCUGCUUUCCCAGGGCCCCAUCUCAGUGUCCACUUUACCUAACCCCCACUCUCGCUCCCACACAGCCUUGGCCGGAGGCGACAUCUCCCUCUACACCUUGUCCCGCGACCCCAAACUGGGGGGCUUGCCACCCAUGUACGGAACAGUGGACAGGGCCACACUCUACCAGCUCCACAACUGCUUCCCAAAGGAUGGGGGAGGAGGGGGAGUGAUCAUGAGUGGUACACUCCCCUCGCUUAAGUCCCACAACCCCUCAAAUUCUUCCAACUCGAACGCGCAGAUGCCCAACUCUGUGGGCUCCGGCCCUCCACCCUUCACCUCAUCCACCGUAGACAGGGAGAGAGGGAUGGGAACUCUGGACAGGCUGAAGGGAGACAGGGAGAGCAACUCCAACACCCUCAAUAGGAAGACAACGCCUGUGUAGAGAGAGGUAAUGAGAGGGAAAGGCAAGGAGGAAGGGAGAAAAGAAGGAUGGUUAGUGAUAUAAGGAGACAGAUAGAGAGGAGCACUGUGUUUGUGUGACUCAACAGGAAGUGAAUAGGAGACACACAAAUGAAAUGGUAUAUCCCUCCCUCCAUGUUCACUGUUACUUAGUCGACUCGAGCUCAAUGAGAACAAGAAGAAGUGUAAUAACAGAGCGAUAAUAACAACAACAAUGAACUUUCACAGGAAAAGUAUUUUGAUAUUUUAAUGUGCUAGAAAUGAUUUAUUUUGUUAAUGAUCAAACGCAUUUAACCUUGGGCUAUUAUGAAAAUGUCUCACACACAUUCUUUGUGCAAUAUUAUCGCUAAUUUAACCUGAUCAGCAUUGAUGUAAAAUUGUUGUUGUGAUUAUUCUUAGCGUUAUUACAGGCUAGCUAUCCUUGCAAACACACUGUAGAUCGAAUGACGUGUCGAUUUCCACGUUUGUUUGUUGUUCGUUUGACUUUCAUUUUAGAUCUUGACGAUGUUUACUGUGAAUUCUUCCAUGUACGGCCGCUGCCGCUGCCGCUGCCGGCGCGCCGUGUGAAACUGUGUCAAAGUGUCAAGCAUGAGUGUGCACAAUACGUGGGAGAAUGUGAGCCUGUGUUGUUUUUUUAUAACCCCUAUAUUUCAUUUAUAACAUGAAGUCAGAUGUGAAUACUGCAAAUUGUCUUCCAAUAUUGCUACGGAGAGAAAUGCAACAAUAAUGCGAGUGACUGAGACAACUGACCAACUUCAUUGUUCUUUCGAGUCUGUGUUUUUUGCAGGCUUGUGUUUGUCUUCUUUUCAUUCUUAUCAGUGUUAACAGUAGUACUUGUAGCUAUAGUCGUGUUGAAGAUGUUUGUUCUUGGGCAUUAACAUAAACCUCUGACUAGAGGGAGCAGAAAAAAAGGGACAUAGAAUAACACAUUUGUACAGAAUCAGGUAAAGGUUGCUGCCUGAGCAGAAAACAACAACGAGAAAAGAGAAAAAAAGAAACAUGUUUUCUCCAUGAAAGAGUCCCAAAGUGACACAUGCAACUCAUCAUUUUCAGUGGCAAAAAAAUAUAAUAUGUAUAUGUGGGAUGAGAGGGUUCAAAACACUAUAGAGAAAAACUUUGAAAUAUUCCUGUACAUUGUAAUUUAAGCAUACAUAUAUUUGUAAAGUCUACACAUACGUCUUCGGGACCACUGUUCAAACUGGUUAUGCAUAUGCGGGUUUGGAUGAAGUGUUUUGUUCCUGAUGCCUUCCUUGGACUCAUGCUGGGUGAUUUCACUCUUGGCCCCUCCCCUCCUGAUAUCAGGUCACAUGAUCAGUGUUUCCCCCUAGUUUGUCACAUUACCCUUAACCUUCUCACUGUGCUUCCCCUGUGACGGCUGACUCUCGAAUCUGAACUCGGAGCUGUUCUGUUUAUGUUGAUGAGAAUGUAAACACGUGGAGUCCCCUCCUCCCCUCGUCCACUCGCUCUCUCUUCUAAACCGUCCUGGGUAACUGCAGACCCUGGGCUGAAACCAUGGACACACCUGCUACAUGACAUAACAGAGUCAACAAAACAGACGACCAGAUGCUUCCAGAUUCUACAACUUUUCAUUUCUUUGAUUUUGUUUCAGAAAAAAGAAAAAAAUGUGAUAAAACUGCACACAGAUAGCAUUUAUGUGGGCAAUAUGAAAUAGUAUGUAGUUGAGAAUAGAUAUAUCUAGACAAUGAUUAUGGUUUAUCUAAAUGUGUGAUAAACUUAAACACUGUAUUGCACGAAGUUUAUAAAAAAAAAACAAUAACAAAGAUA